CUUUAAAAGGGGGAGUUUGUUUGUCUCUGUCUCAAGCUGAACAACGAAAAUUCAGAUACAAAAAGGAAUUAUAUAUUUUACAAAAAACUAAACAAUUUUGUAGCAACCAAGCAACAAGACUCAACGGGAUUUUUUCUCUGUCUCAACCUGAACUAAACAACAGUUCAUAUACAAUCAGUCUGCACCGCCUCAACCGCCAAAACGGCAGCUAGCUUGUCUCUGUCCCUGUCUCAAUCUCAAAAAAAGGAAUAAUAUUACUUUACAAAUAAUUGACCAAAUAGCCACCAGCAGUGGAACCCACUCGCAAUAUGAUUGAUUUUAAGAAACGUGCUGACAAGAUUCGCGUUAUAUGCAAUGCGAUAUAUAACGAACCGUUCGUCUGGGACAUUAUCAAGAGCUACGCUUUCUUUGCGGUAGCCAUACCCAUUGCCAAGUCUUUUGAUGGCGUAAUGAUACUGCCUUAAUGAUUAGUUCUCAGUUCACGUUUAUGGGUUAGGAGUUCUAGCUUCAAUCCGUUGGGUUUUUGCAUCGAGACAUUCGACAGAUCGAAAUUGAUUAGUUAAGCAAACAUUCGAAAAUAUUUCUGUAUCAAAAUUGUUUCGAUGGCGGCACGAUGGGCAUCAGACCUGGUUUUGGAUUGGAUUGGUAGCCCCUAAUUUAAUAUCUAAUAUCUUCAGCUGAAAUUCUUUGUUUGUUUUUGAAUGUUUCGAUGUUUGAACCCCAUUAAAUCAAUUAAAUCUAUUCGCCAAUCGA